GGACCAACAAAUCCUGGUUUUUAGUUUCUAAUUUUUGCAUUGCCAUUUGACUGAGACCCUCUUCCCUCGCUACAGUAGUGUCCCUCUACGGACCCUCUUCAUUCUUCAGUCAUGGUUUUGCUGUGGCCUCAUCAAUCGCCGUAUAUACAUGCCAUUGCUGAUGCCUAGCUUCUAUCAGUUCUUCAUUGCCUACAUUGCUGCAUUUCUGUGUCUUCUGAGCACAGUGAAAAAACAUGGAAGCACCAUUUAAGGGAAUAAAUGAAGAUGUCAAGGGAAGAUUUCAGUGCUAUAAACAAGAUUGGAUUUGUGAUAUCUGUUCUGGUCCUAGCACAUGGGCUCCAACUUUCUACAUAUUCUUUGCCUCUGCCCUCCCUGUUAUUGUUUUUGGACAGCAACUUCAUAGGGAUACUGAUGGAAGUAUGGGCAUAGUGGAAACAAUGGCAUCUACUGCUAUUUGUGGAAUUAUCCACUCAAUAUUUGGUGGCCAACCUUUGUUGAUUUUAGGUGUUGCUGAACCCACUGUCAUAAUGUACACUUACUUGUACAGUAUUUGCGAAAGAAGCCCUGCACUGGGUAGAGAGCUCUUUCUGGCAGCGCUUAGUUGGGUUUGUGUUUGGACGGGAUUCUUCCUGGUGGUGCUUGCAAUUUUUAAUGCUUGCUCAAUUAUCUCAAGGUUUACAAGAAUUGCUGGGGAGUUAUUUGCCAUGCUCAUAACUGUUCUUUUCUUUCAAGAGGCUGUAAAGGGGUUGAUAGGAGAGUUCAACGUGGUCAAUAAAGGAAAUCCUUCUGCAGAAGAAUUUCAAUUCCACUGGCUGUAUACAAAUGGAUUACUUGCAAUCAUUUUCGGUAUUGGAUUACUUUUCACUGCCCUAAUAAGCAGAAGAGCAAGAGCGUGGAAAUAUGGAACAGGGUGGCUACGAGGAUUUAUAGCAGAUUAUGGGAUUCCACUGAUGGUAGUGUUAUGGACUGCACUAUCUUAUGCUGUACCAAGAAAAGUUCCAGAUGGCAUUCCUAGAAGGCUUUUUUCUCCUCUACCGUGGGAACCUAAAUCACUCUAUCACUGGACAGUAGUGAAGGAUAUGUGGAAGGUACCCCCAGCUUAUGUAUUGGGGGCAAGUAUUCCAGCUCUGAUGAUAGCAGGGUUAUACUUUUUUGAUCACAGUGUAGCUUCGCAGAUGGCACAACAGAAAAAAUUUAACCUUCAAAAACCAUCAGCCUACCACUAUGAUGUUUUCUUGCUUGGAAUAAUGACUCUGAUUUGUGGGCUCCUUGGUCUUCCUCCUUCAAAUGGAGUCCUUCCACAGUCCCCCAUGCAUACAAAAAGUUUAGCAGUUCUUAGGAAGAAGGUUAAAGAAUUGGAGAGUUCAAAGGAAUCUAGGAACAAUGGUGGUGCGGAAGAAAGUUUGGAUGAGAAACAGAGAUAUGAAUAUCUACCAGUCGAGGUUCAUGAGCAAAGAGUGACGAACCUUUUGCAGUCUGUCCUGGUCGGUCUCUCAAUCCUAGCCAUGCCUGUAAUCAGAGAGAUACCAACCUCAGUUCUAUGGGGAUAUUUUGCUUACAUGGCAAUUGAUAGUCUCCCAGGAAAUCAGUUCUGGGAAAGGAUAUUGCUCCUCUUCAUCACCCCAGGCCGCCGUCACAAAAUUUUCGAAGAUUUUCAUCCCUCUUUUCUGGAGAAAGUACCAUUCAAGACCAUAGUUACAUUUACACUCUUACAGUUAGGAUAUUUUUUAAUAUGUUACGGGGUAACUUGGAUUCCUUUUGUUGGAAUACUCUUCCCUGUACCAUUUUUCCUUCUCAUAUUCAUAAGAGAGCGCUUGCUUCCAAAGAUAUUCAAGCCUAACCAUCUCGAAGAACUAGAUGCUUCUGGGUAUGAGGAAAUUGUUGGAGUUCCACCUGCUUUAAAAAUGGAUAUGGAGUCAGAUACUGAUGAUGUAGGAAGCGAAGAGGACUUCUCCGAUGCAGAGAUAUUAGAUGAGAUGACAACCAACAGGGGAGAGUUGAAAGUGAUAACUACCAGCAGAAAUCAUAGCUUCAAUGACGACAGACAAGUUCACGUUUGUCCUAGAGAUGCUGUCUGAAGAUGGUGAAAUCUGUCUGAGCAUAGCAUUGCUUAGGAUGCUGAAAAAAGGUUUCGUAUAACAGUGUUCCUCAAGAUUAUAGUUUUGUAGUUAGUUAAGGUUGAAUAUGAUCUUCUGUGGAACAAGAAAGGAUUCAAUCAGUGAAAACUGAAAGAGAUGAAAUGCAGAAGAAAAGAGAAAUGAAUAAAAAUGCAUUUGAACUUUGAAAGGACGAAAAAGAAUGGAUUGUUGUGAGGGGAAAAAGAAAGGGAAAGCAAGGAAAUAAGAAAACUCAAUUGUUGUAGUUAUGUUUUAUAGUUGAAAUAUAGAUAGAUAUCAUAAGAACAUUUUUUUUAGCUUUGAUAGGGUAUGUUAGAGUUUGUAAGCAGAAUUUUCUGUUUGUAGCAUUCAACGACAAACAAAGGAAUAGAAUCUGGUUUUACUUUUUAUACAGUUAACAUACAUGUAUACCUUUGGAACAAAAUUAUAGAAGAAUGAUUGUUUUUAAGUGCUUA